AUGCCUUCUCAAUAUUCUCAUGCUCCAAAUGCAACCCUGGCCCAUCUGUCCGAGAUUAUUAAACUCGAACCAGAGGAAGAGCCAUGGUGUGCUGGCUACGCCCAUUCACAAGGUCGUCGUUGUCACUCUCGCACAAAUGCACACGGUCGCAGAAUAGCCAGGGUACUUCUUAACGACGGCACCAAAGAUCUUCGAGCGGGUCGCAGCAUCGAUGCACUGUUAGAUGAUUUGGCUCCUCGUGUCCUAUGCACCAGGUUCCAUCAAAAUCAAUCUUCAGAUCUCAGCCGUCGUUGGAAAAGACAGGUUUCCGAAUAUUUAGAUUCCCAGGUUCCAUCUAGUCCAUCUCCCCAACGCACAAGGAGGUCAUCGCGAGAUGUCGACACCGAGACCGCUGAAUCCAGAAUAGAGGCGGAAAUCGCAGUACUCCAACAAACACUCCGAGCCAUGAAAGAGAUCAGACGUCUCGAGGUUGCUCAAAACUACUUGUCAACCAUUACAACCCCUCUUACCUAUAAUGAGAGGAGAGACGCAAAUGCAGUCGUCAAUUCCAACAUCUCGGGAACCGUGUUGCGCAGAAGCACUUCGCCGGUGAAUCUUGUUGAUAGAACGACCACAAGGCAGACAACUGAAUCAUCAAAUCGUUCCACAAGCACUGUUUCUCGAUCAACGCGAGUACAAUCCAGUCAUCAAACAAGGACUGUUUCUCCUUUCACUCCGACAAUAGCAACGUCAACAACUGUAGUUCGGGACUCCGGCAGGCCCAGAUCUCAUGAUACCCAGGAUCAAGCAUCACGAACAACACGACGAAACAUCGAAGGAGAAUGUGGGAUAUGCUUGUGUGAUUUAAUUCGUACACAGCAGGAUGUGGACGUGCAUGAAGAAAGCGAGCACAUUGACAACGAGGACCACAGCAGCGGUGAUCAAAGCGGUACUGAUCAUGGAUAUAAUGAGCAGAGAACUGAGCAUGUGCAUGGUAACGAAGACGAUGGGCUGGCUUGGUGUAUGGCACGUUGUGGAGUCAACUUUCACAGCCGAUGUAUCGAGCAAUGGUUAGAAACAGCCAGAACUCCUACGUGUCCGGCAUGCCGAAGCAUGUGGAGAUACUGA